GAAAAUGACACUUAGCAGCGUUCUUUGAUGUCAACAUAAUUGGUUUACUCACGACCAACGACCUCAGGAUUCUUACGCAGCACGAGGCGAUAGCGUCGUAGUUGUGUCACAAUGUCCUCUAGUUGUUGCUAGUCCGACUAGAGACCACGCCAGUGCAACAACUCGCGUACGAUCGUCACAGGAACAGAAAUCAUUUAUCGUCGAACAUCAACAUAGAUCAUGUAUGUCGAUGUCCUUUAUCGUUCUUUAAUCAGUACCUGAGCUGCUGGCCAACAAACUGCAACCGAGUGUUGCAUUUGAUUACCUUCUAGAAUUUCACCUACCAACCUACUUCGACCAACCCUCACGACACAAAGACUGCGCCGUUGCCGUGGCAUCAUGGCUCGUGAUAAUUCUACUUCCCGGGAUGGCAAGCAAAGGCGAGGCGGGACGAGACGGCGGGACGAGGAGGAGGACAACCUCCGGGAUCGGAGUAUGAGACCUUCGUCGCGCUCGCGAACGGAGAAAAACAGCCGGCGAGCUGAGCGGCACCACAGAAGUGAACGCAGUAGACGUGGUGGCAACUACCGUGGUGGUACCAGAGGCCGCGACAGUAGAAGCAGGCGGGGGGAUACUAGACCUAGACGCAGUCGAGGAAGAGGGCGAGCCAGAGUUGUAGAUGUUGGCACGAAUUACAGCAGGUCACGGUCGCGGUCGCCGCGGUCUGUUUCCUCUUCCCGCAGUCGCAGCAGGAAUUUCAAGAACCAAAUCCCAGCGUUUAUCCAAACAGGCGGGGUCCCUCUGCCGGUCACAAGGAUGAUCAAACCGAAGCUGCCAGUGCCGCCGGAACAACAACAACUGCUGGGGGGCCAGGUAAGUUUUGCUGGAAACUAGAACCACUGCGUAGAAACCUGUACAAGAACCUUCAAUACAUGGCAUGAAAUAUGACCACCGUGACGUUGCGCAUACAAGGAGAUCCUACCUUGCAACUUCAUGCGCACAGAAAGAGUUCUUGUCCGAUUCUCAUUGUCGAAUCAAAACCUCUUACCACAGUUCUGUCAACAACUAGUGUAAAAUUGACGCCCACAGACCAACGGUCAGCUCGUCGCUGCAACUGGUAAGGCGGGGAGUGGUAUGUUGGAAAGUAAAAGUCUACUUGUGCUGCAUGUAGAUGAAGUAAUAUGUUGAUCUCAAUGCAGAACAUGUCAAUGUCGUGACUUCUUCUUCUUGAUUACAUCGCUUGCCUUGUGCAUCCGAGGCGAAACAUGAGCGAAUGAGCAAGUCCCCAUGUUGCUACUUGGGAGAUCACUAUACAUUUUGUCGUGUGUUGUUGCAGGGCCAGGAGGACUUUGCUCGCCAUAACCCCGCCACUUUCGGCAGAACAGUUACGAGAGCAAAUCAGCCGGAACCUCGACGGCAUCAUCCUGAACACGCUUGAGCAGAAAUCCGCGGAUGGCAAAAACAGCAAAGUGGCAGCUAAUCCAGCCCCACGUGCUGGUCCACGGCAGUUCCCAAGUUCAAACGGUGCGGCAGUGACGGGACAAAGUGGCACUAGUUCUGCCCAAGCAGUGACAGGCACCGCGGUGCUGGCAUCCUCUGGUGCUGGCGAGCACAACGACGACGACCCGCUCGAUGCGUUCAUGGGGAACUUGGGAAAGGAGCUUCAGGAGAAGGUAUGAAAAAUUAGGAUUGAUCGUGUAGUGAUAUCAACAGGAGGAUUUUAAUCUUCGUCUUCCCUUGUAGUACUACACUAGUUCCGACCACGUGCAUAAUUUAUGAAAACGACCCGCCCGUCCGCUGAUUUCCACGACUUGUAUUUUUUGCUUAGAGCGGGGUCACAAACUCAUUCGUUAACUCCCCACCGGAGUUACGGACCAACCGGCCGGGUGGUCCUUAACUCCGGUGCCCCAAAUGUUGCUUUAGAGAGAGGCAACAACGAAAUUAAUCCUUAUGCGCCCCCCCGGCGGAUAAGCCGGGGGUGGGCCCCAUCUUAUCCGCGCGCCGACGGGCCGUGCUGGUGUAGCCUAGGCAAAGUGACCCGGCGCCCUCAUUGCCUGGAGGGCCCGGAUAUGCCCACAGCAUGCCGUCGGUCUUUGUGGUGUUUAAAAGUAACAGGCCCAACAUUUGAAAGCGCCACACUACCGGGGUUGCUUCAGACUAAAGGGCGACUGGGCAACAUUUGGGGCGCGCUUGGGAAAUUCGCCACGCAAGAAACUGCCGCGCAAGUAGCAACGGACACGCAGUUGCAAGAUCAGAGCCAGAAUCUGCCCCGCAGAAACUGCUGCCAUAUGUAGCGCGAGGGCCAAGGAGCUUCCUCGCUUCGCGCCUUCAGGCUAUUGGGUUACUUGCUAGACCAUGUCGACGCCGCUUUGCCCUUGGGCAGUGGCCUAGGGUCCGAAGCGAGAGGCGCCGCGGGCUAAAGCUUUGCUCUAGCCUGCGCGCGCGGCCCCCUGAAGGGGGUUCGCCUGUGCAAACCGAUGGCCAUGGCUGCCCCUGCUUUUGCAAUGGGUUCACUCAAAAAGACAGCAGGGCAGCAAUGCCCAGGGUUGCGCACCCAGAGUCCUACCCACUCUUUUAAAUGUGGAGCGCCGUCGUUGGUAAAAUUCCCUCCGGUGGUGUGCUCAAUUUAUAUCAUCACACGGCAAACACGACCACGAGGGGGGGUAGCCAUUUUCUGGGCCCCGGGCCGUGUUGUCCAAUGUUUGUGGAAGCGCAAACAUUGGCAGCGAGCGCAGCCUCCGCCGCGGCCGUAGUAUUUAUUUGGGCCGUGUAACUGACGGCCCCGCGCGGUCCACUUUUGUUUUCCGGCUUUUUCAUGCCACCGCCGACCGACGUGCUUUAACUCUUCGCAUCUUCGGCGCGGCGCAAGUGUUCCUUCGCCCGAAGUGCAGGAAGGCAGGCCAUGGGGCCCAGUGAGGUUUUCUCGCCUCGCCCGGUGUUGCAGCCUACUUUUGGGAAACCCGCGCGCGCCCGUUUUGUGCGACGGGUUGUGACUCGCAGCCAGCAGUCGUCGCAAACCCCACACGCAGCGGAGUAUCGCAGCCACGUAGUACGUAGCAGCGAUGAGCUGGCUGUUCCCGGUUUUGGUGUAGCAGCGAUGACAGUAUCGCAGCCACAUGACCGGGCUGUUUCCGGUGCUGGUAGCAGUGAUGACCGGGCUGCUCCCGGUUCUGGCGAUAGCACUUUAUUCCGGGUUGUUCCCGGUUCUGGGGCUCACCAGAUAGUACGUAGAGCAACAUUCUGGGCACCGGAGUUAAGGACCACCCGGCCGGUUGGUCCGUAACUCCGGUGGGGAGUUAACGAAUGAGUUUGUGACCCCGCUCUUAGAGUUGUUGUUCGACGUCGUCCAAUAUUUUUACACCAACCACUCCCAACAGAACAUCACCAUCCCGGGUAACAUCACGCACACGCGGGAAGUCUUCGGCCAGAACGCUUUCCAAAAGCUCCGACCGCAGGGCACCGCGAAGCACCUGGAUCCGGACUCGCUGCUGGAACGCGGAUUGUGAGCAAGAUCAUGGAAACAUUUGUGUUGAAACUGCUUCACUCUGCAGCUUCUAUGAUCUUGAUCUUCAGCCGGACUAGAUGGAGCACAAGGAACAUGAAGCUAAACACGCCCGCGCCAGACGCGCAGUUUACAGAUUGAAUCGCUUCUCCGAAAUAGUGCACCUGAACCGCUAGAAGUGGUGGCAGUAGUUCUUAUUGUUCUGAUGUUGUGUUUUUUUUUGUGAUGCAUUGCUCAACUCAUGAUAUUCAUAUUGAAACUGAUGCAAGCAACACGAGAGCAGCCAGAACCGGGAGCAUCAUGCCAAAAUAGACCACACAGUGUAAGUUUCUACGCAGUGGUGUCAAAUAAAGACACGCGUUUUUCGUGUCCCUAGGUGUUUCUUGGCCCUUAUUUUUGAUUUCUGCCAGAAAAGGUC